UACGGAAACAUGAAUCCAUCAAUGCCAAUGAUGGGUCAGCCCAUGGCAGGUUUCUAUGGACAACCUCAGUACCCUGCAGGAGAUCCAAUGUGGGGCUACUUCACAGCAAUAGCUGGACAGGAUGGUGAAGUAGAUGCUGAAGAACUGCAGAGAUGUUUAACACAGGCUGGAGUCCAUGGGACCUAUACACCUUUCAGCCUGGAAACAUGCCGUAUUAUGAUUGCAAUGUUGGAUAGGGAUCAUACAGGCAAAAUGGGCUUCAAUGAAUUCAAAGAACUGUGGGCGGCUUUAAGUGCCUGGAAACAGAACUUCUGCACGUUUGAUCAUGACAGGAGUGGGUCAGUGGAGCCCCAUGAGUUGAACCAGGCCAUUAUGUCAAUGGGUUACAGAUUAAAUCCAAACACACUUAAUACCAUAGUGAAGCGCUACAGCAAGAGCGGCAGAAUAUACUUUGACGAUUAUGUUGCAUGCUGUGUGAAGCUUCGUGCCUUAACAGGUAAGGUGAUGACUCCCUGCUUUCAACCUAGUUUCUGUGGGUUUUGCAGCUUUAAAAAGGACCUAUUCUGGAACAUGUAUGCAAAUCAAAAGAUCUGA